AUGGGGCCGCCCAGGUGGGCUGCUGGCAUCGAUGCCUUCCGCACAGUGCCCAAGGACCUUGCGGAGGCGAGCGCCACCGGGGCGGUGAUGACUCUGGUGGCCGUCGUUACCUGUGCGGUUUUAUUCAUCUGCGAGACCAACGCAUUCCUUCGGUCGGAGCGCCGGACAGACGUAUCGCUGGACAGCAACCAGGACUCAAUGCUCACUAUCAACUUCGAUGUGACCAUGCUGGACAUGGCCUGUGACCACGUGACCGUGGGAGUGUGGGAUGCGUUCGGAAGUGACCGGAUGAAUAUCACCAAGAACAUCCAGAAGCAGCGCAUCGACCACAAGGGGAACGACAAAGGGCACGCGUACAGUGACGAUGAGCUGCUAGAGCUCGACUUCUCUGACAA